ACUUCGCCUUCGCACUCUCUCUUUCUCUCUCUACCCCCCUCUCAGAUCCGGAGCUCCAAAACCCUAACGAGCUCGAAGAAGAGGAAGAAGAAGAAGAAGAAGAAGGAGACCGAUUCCCCCCGAUCCCUCCUCGAUCGAGCUCCCGAGAUCGCCUCCGAUCGAUCCGCCGAUCACCUCUCCCCGAGUUCGCCUUCGAUCGCUUCGAUCCGAGAGCUCUCGAUCCGUUUCCGAGCCCCUCCGCGCGGUUCCUCGAUCGGAAAUGGCGACUCCGCAAUCGGCCCCCUCCGGAUCGGCUCCCCCUGCGCAAGUGGUGGGCAAUGCGUUCGUUCCGCAGUACUAUCACAUCCUGCACCAGUCGCCGGAUCUGGUGUAUCGCUUUUACCAGGAGAGUAGCAAGCUCGGGCGCCCCGGAUCUCACGGCGAUAUGAUCUCGGUCACCACGCUCGAUGCGAUCAAUGAGAAGAUACUCUCGAUGGACUUCCUCCGAGCCGAGAUUAAGACGGUGGAUGCUCAGCAAUCGCUAGGGGGCGGAGUGAUAGUGCUUGUGACAGGGCAUCUUACUGGGAAGGACAAUGUGAAGAGGGACUUCACACAGUCCUUCUUCCUCGCCCCCCAGGAAAAGGGAUUCUUUGUCCUGAAUGAUAUAUUCUGCUAUGUCCCAGAGGCUGGCGAGGGCGAGGGCAAGGGCGAGCGGGCAGAGGAGGCGGAGGGAUUGGCGAAUGGCACUGGUGAUCCUCUUCCGUCGCAGCAGGAUUCAAUUCCACAAGAGGAGCAGCACCUUCAGGAUCAACCAGUGGCACCACCGGAAGAGGAGGCUGAAGAAGAGAAUGAGGAGGAAGUUUAUGAUCCAUCAGACAACGAGGCGGAACCUGUUGUAGAGGAGGAAGCACCAGUUGCUGAGGUCAUUGAUGAACCUCCCAACAGUUCACAGGCAGUUGUCGCUGAUUCAAGUGCUGCUCCACAUGAUGAGGCGCCGAAAAAAUCGUAUGCUUCAAUUGUGAAAGUCAUGAAAGAUAAUGCUGCUCCGUUAUCAGUUCAGACACAUGUGCCAGCUAGGGCAGCACCAGUAAAAUCAGACAGACAGGCUGUCCCUGCUCCUGCCCCAGCUCCUGCUGCAAUCCCAGAUAUACCCAUUGCUAGUUCUUCCACCGAGAGCAGCAAUGUUCAAGAGCCAGAAGCUGAUGGCUACUCAAUAUAUGUAAGGAGUUUGCCAUUAACUGCUACACCUGCACAACUCGAGGAGGAGUUUAAGAGGUUUGGUGCUAUCAAGCCUGGUGGUAUUCAAGUUAGAAGCAACAAGCUACAAGGGUUUUGUUUUGGAUUUGUGGAGUUUGAGGAGGCUAGCGCUGUCCAAAGUGCAAUAGAGGCUUCUCCUAUUACGAUAGGUGGUCGCCAGGCUUUUGUUGAAGAAAAGAGGGCCACUGGUUCACGAGUUGGCAACCGAGGAAGGUUUGCACCGGGCAGAGGUGGUUCCAGUUUCCGGAACGAUGGGAUGAGGGGGCGUGGUAACUAUGGUGGUGGAAGAGGCUAUGGUAGGGGAGAUUACAACAACCGGCCUGAUUUUGGGAGCAGAGGGGGCGGCAGGGGAGGGUAUUCGAAUCGGGGGGGUGAUGUUGGAUAUCAGAGGGUUGAUCAUGGUGGUCGUGGUAACCGAUCCAGUCCAUCACCUCCAAAUGCUCCCUCCAAAUAAAAACCAGAAGCAGAUUUGCAACUCUCAGGUUUUAUUUUUCUGGUCCUCAGAUUACCCUGGAUUGAAUGCAUUGAAGAGUUAAUAUCCCUCAAUUGUCUGGUUUUUCCUAAUUAAUUGCGAGGUUCCUGUUUUUCUUCACCCACUAUUUUUGGAACAUGAUACAACUGGUUAUUACUGAUUCUGUAGAAUAUAAGUUUUAGCCGAAUAUAUAGCCAACGUUCCUUGGGACUUUUCUUAUGUAGCUGAUGUUCCUAAACUUAGGCAUUUAAUAGGGUGUCUAAUGUUGUGAGAGAGGAUUGGUGUAGCAACUAUUUUUUUUUUUUUUUUAACCAUUCUUUUCUUUCCACUGUUUCUUUGAAUAGACGGUUGAAUUGUAAUCUGAUUUGGGAUUUUCUUCAGAUAA